AAGCUGCUGAACGAUAGGAUAGUGGGGGUAUUGGAGAAGGAACAUAGCAUUAGCGGGGGCCAGGCAGGUUUCCGAAAGAAGAGGGGGUGCGUCGACCACGCGUUCACGGUAGGGAGAAUCAUCCAAGGUAGAAAGAGGGCCGAAAAGCCGACGUACUGCUUCUUUAUGGACGUGAAAAAGGCAUACGAUUCCGUAGAGAAAUUGGCUGUGGAAACAAUUGUCAAAUACGAAAUCAAGGGGAAAAUGUGGAGAGUGCUGAAGGAGAUGACAGAGUGUACGAAAAGUGCGGUCAUGCUAGACGGAGAGCUGUCGAAAUUCUUCGACUUUGAGCAGGGGGUCCCACAAGGUUGCACGCUGUCCCCAACAUUGUUCCAGGUGUUCAUCAACGAUCUGUUGGAAGUCGUAGAGGCAGUCCGGAAGGGAGUAAAAGUAGGGGACACGGAAACGUCGGUUUCAGGAAUGCUGUUUGCGGAUGAUUUUGUCGGUAUGUCGGACACCCCUGAGGGACUGCAACUGCAAAUUGACGCGGCGACGAAGUUUAAUAAUAAGUGGAGAUUACUGCCAACGUUAAGAAUAGUGCCGUCAUGAUAUGCAACGAGGACAGAGGAGGAACCAGUAGAACAUAGAUGGAAGUGGGGGAUCGAGGAG